AUGACUGCAAUCGCUACUCCUUCAUCUAUCAGAGACGUGGUUAAUCCUCAAUUCCAUCAGAAUAAUUUUGCUGCAGAGUCUUUUGUCAAAGGGGAACUUGGGCUGAAACUUGAUAAAGAUGACCAGAUUUGCCGUUUGUCGCUUACCGCUGCAGGAUGCCCUCUAGGACCCCUUCACUGUCCCCUACGACACACAGUCCCUUCUUCCCAGAACUUCCAGCCACCAAAACAACUUCCAACACAUCCUCGAGAAAGAGAACGUCUGGCCACCGUGUGCAAGCACUGGCUCCGUGGUCUCUGCAAGAAAGGCGACGCUUGUGAAUUUCUGCAUGAGUAUAAUCUCAGGCGAAUGCCAGAGUGCUGGUGGUUCGCAAAGUAUGGUUACUGUUCUGCAGGAGACGAAUGUUUAUACGCGCACCCCAAGGAGCGUAAAAUAGAAUGCCCAGACUAUAACCGAGGAUUCUGCAAGCUCGGCCCUUCAUGCCCUCGAAAGCAUAUAAGACGUGUCGCAUGUCAGUUGUAUCUGACGGGAUUCUGUCCAUUAGGCCCUGAGUGCCCCAGAGGCCACCCGAAACCUGGCAUACCUCCAGCAAAAGCUUAUGAUCCUCCCUCUCCCCCGUCAAAUCGUGACCUUGGGCCGCCACCGCCUGGGUAUGGUCGAUACGCUGAUUUUGACCGUGGGGCGGGUAGUGGCCCGAAUUACGCAGGUGGUACCAACCCUUCUGGAAUGCAGCCUAGACGGAAUUUGGAUGAGGUGUUAUGUUUCAAGUGUGGAGAAAAAGGGCAUUACGCUAAUCAUUGUCGCAAUCGCAAUGUCCCAGGUAGUCGCGGCGGAGUCGAGAGGACAAAGAGGAUCGGAGAAGAAUGA